CUUCUACUUGCGAAGUGAAGUCAGGUCAUAGUUCAGCGCACGGAGCGGCGGCGCAGUAACAGGUGGCGCGUCUGCAACUAACAGAUUGAGUUUUGCAGCAUUGAGUCUAAGAGUGUGCAACUAAGUGUGAAGUGAGUAAAAAUGCACAGAGUGCAGGCUGUGUUUAGACACAUCUCUCCAGAAAAGGCUCCGGCGGUGCGAAAGGAAUACGGAGCUUCGGCGGCGGUCGCUCAGAACGACAUAGUGGUCGUUCACGGCUUGAGGACAGCGAUCGGGAAAGCGAAAAGGGGCUCAUUCAAGGACACCACUCCAGAUGAGCUGCUGUCUGCAGUUAUGACAGCUGUGUUGCAGGAUGUGGGACUUCCACCUGACAGGCUGGGGGACAUUUGUGUCGGUAAUGUUCUACAGCCUGGGGCAGGGGCUGUCAUGGCCAGAGUAGCUCACUUUCUCAGUGGCUUCCCAGAGUCCAUACCUGUCUACACAGUAAAUAGAAUGUGUUCUUCUGGCCUACAGGCUCUCUUUAACAUAGCGGGUGGCAUCAGGAAUGGAUCGUAUGACUUGGGUCUUGCAUGUGGAGUGGAAAGCAUGACUUUUCGAUCUGCGGGAAACCCUGGUGACAUCAGCUCCAAGCUAAUGGAUAACGUCAAGGCCCAAGACUGUUUAAUUCCAAUGGGUAUCACCUCAGAAAAUGUGGUUGAGAGAUAUGGUAUUUCACGAGAGAAGCAAGAUGUCUUUGCUGUGAGCUCUCAACAGAAAGCAGCGAGGGCUCAGCAGCGAGGUGUGUUUGAUCAAGAGAUCACUCCAGUUACAACUAAGUUUUUUGACGCGGAUGGAACAGAGCAUGCUGUCACCAUCACCAAUGAUGAUGGGAUUCGACCUGACACUAAACUGGAGGUGCUGGCCAAACUCCAACCAGCCUUCAAACAAAAUGGGAGCACUACAGCAGGCAAUUCUAGCCAGGUUAGCGAUGGGGCUGCUGCUGUGCUGGUGGGUCGGCGAGCUACAGUAGAGCUGCUUAAGCUACCCGUGCUGGGAAUUCUGAGAGCGAGUGCAGUGGUGGGUGUGCCCCCAGAUGUCAUGGGCAUUGGUCCAGCAUAUGCCAUCCCAGCAGCACUGCAAAGUGCUGGACUCUCUGUGGCUGACAUUGAUGUGUUUGAAAUCAAUGAGGCCUUUGCAAGCCAGGCUGUUUACUGUGUGGAGAAACUGAGCAUUCCUCCAGAGAAAGUGAACCCAAAUGGUGGAGCCAUUGCCCUUGGGCACCCGCUAGGCUGCACCGGAGCCCGCCAGGUGGUCACCCUGUUGAAUGAGCUGAAGCGCAGGGGCAGGCAAGCAUAUGGCGUGGUAUCAAUGUGCAUCGGAACAGGAAUGGGUGCAGCUGCAGUGUUUGAGUAUCUAGGCAACUAGUCCAGCUAUGGAAAAAACAUUGGAAGCUCUUAACAUAAUCUUUUAAGCGGGAAGCUGUCCCGCUUUAAUUUUUACCUACAUGACUAGAUGUUUGAUCAUUAGUAAAGAUUAUGUGCUAUCAAUAAUUAAGUUCUCACUGUUUUUCUUGCGCCAUUUAAAUGAUGUAAGUGAUCUGUUAAAAUCCCUAAGUUUAAUAAGGAAUUAUGCAUUUUUUUAAAUUUUGCUCAAUACAGCAUAAUUGACACAAAGUAUCUGGUGUCUUCUGACCCUUCUCAAAUGUUGUAAUGAGUUUUAUUACUAAUUACAAGUGAAGGUGAUCAACUUAAGUUAUCUCUGUACAAGUAUAGUCGUUUACAUAUAUUGCCAUAAAUGGAAAAUACAGCUGGGUGGCACGGUGGUGCAGCAAGUAGAGAUGCUGCCACUAAGCACC